AUGACCGCAGAUCGCAGCAAGUACUUCGAGAUCAUACUCAAAGGCGAGGCGGAGAAGUUCUUGCCAGCGGAGCGAGCAGUACUCAAUAUCGAAGUCGCCGCCAGGGACCUAGACAAGCAAUCUGCCGCGAAACAUGUUCUCCUGACAGCGCGAAGAGUGGAGACACUGCUCACUCAAUUGGCUCCUCAGACGAAUACCAUCGAAGCGCGCAUCGAAGCUGCGGUAGACUACUGGAGUCGUACAUCGCUGAGCGAAAGCAGCGAUCCUGCUCCUGGCAUUUCCAGCAAAUCUGAAGCCCAUUAUAUCGCAAAGGUGGAGUUCGAAGCCAGGUUCCAGAACUUCGCGGCCAUAUCUGGCUUGACAACAGAUCUCGCCUUGAUCUCACCACUCGUCCAAACGAAACCGGUCCAGUGGAUCUUGCAAGAGGCGACAAAGGAUACGCAUCGGGCAGAGUUGAGAGCCAAGGCUGCGAGAAAUGCGUAUCAGAAGGCCGUCGACUAUGCUCAGGCCAUGGGCUACAGUAAUAUCACGCCAUACCAGCUCAAGGAAAGCUCAGCGAAUGCGAACUCGUCCAAGAUGAAGGGAGGCAGAAUGCCGUCGAGCACCAGCGAGCGGACGGCGAAGAAUCUGGCGGAGAUCCUGGGCUUGAAGGAGGUCAGCGUGGGCUCAUUUCUCUAUCAGCCCGAUGAUAUCCGGGUGUCGGUGGUGGUCGAAGCGAUCUUCCACGCAACGACAUGA